AUGGCGGCGAACCACCUGCUCGCGGCGCCGCCGGCCUUCGUGCUGCCCCUGUCCAGCGACGACGAAGGCGAGAGCGACGUCCUCGAGGUGGAAGGCGUCUACAGCUUCGGACAGAACACGUACGGAGAGCUGGCGCUGGGCGAUACGACCGACCGCAGCGCGCCCAUUCGGGUAGAUCUGGGCAACAGCAACCACGGCAGACGUGUGGUGGAUGUGGCCUGCGGGAACGAGCAGACUGCCAUCCUAUUCGAGGACGGAGACGUGUACACGUGCGGCUAUAAUGACAGUGGACAGUGUGCUAUCGGCACAACGGAGCGAGUGCCGACACUGCGGUUUUCUCCGGGACUGAGCUCUAACCGCACAGUCCGGAUUUUCUCGGGAAAUGGCAGUGAGCACCUUGCAGCACUACAUGCAAAUGGCAACUUGUACACUGUUGGGUUCAACAUGCGCGGACAAUUGGGGCUAGGCUCGUCGACAACCGUGAUGGAGGCGACACUGGUCGAAGAGCUGGCUGGCAAGCGCGUAGCUGACGUGGGCUGCAGCUACUUCCACACGGCAAUUGUGAUGGACAAUGGCGACCUGUAUGCCUGCGGCUGCAAUGACUACGGCCAACUGGGCUUGGGUGACCACCGUAACGGUGAGCUCGUGCCUCGACCAGUAGAGUACUUCUUCCGACGCCCCGUCCUGGCAGUUGCCUGCGGCCAGCAUUACACAAUCGCUUCGCUCAGGGACGGAGGUGUUGUUGCCUUUGGUAAGAAUGAUCAUGGCCAGCUUGGGCUCGACAGUACGUCAGAGCCGGUAUCACAGCCAACGCGGCUUGCCGCACCUCUAGAUCGACUCGUGGUUCCGCAACUAUCGUGCGGAUACCACCACACCGCAGUUGUUACCGAAGACGGCGCUGUCUACACAUUCGGUCGCAAUGACUACGGCCAGCUUGGUCUCGGACACAAGAUGCACAUGGCACGCCCAGCGCGGGUAGAAAGCUUGGCACGAAUGCGAAUCACUCAGGUGGCGUGUGGUUGCUACCACACUCUCGUACUCUCGGAUGACGGGAAGGUGUUUCCAUUUGGCCGUAACAACCAUGGCCAGCUCGGGUUAGAGACGUCAGUUGACUGCUUGAGUCCACAACUCAUAUCAACUCUACGAAACAAAACCGUCACCAAGGUCGCUGCUGGGUUUUACCAUUCCGUGUGUUUAGUUGGUCCGACUGAAGGCGAGACUCCACCAGCACAAGGAUCAGGAACACUGAAUGGAGACCUGCGCAAGAUGCUAAACAACUCAACUCGGAGUGACGUGACUUUUGUGGUGGAGGGCCGUCCACUCUUCGCUCACAGCUGUAUCUUGGUAGCUCGUUGUGAGCCGCUUGAAAAGAUGCUGGAUGGCCGAAUGAAGGACGGCUCGUUAUCGGAAAUUAUAAUUCCGGAAUACUCGUAUGAUGUCUUCGCAGCUCUAAUGGAAUUUCUCUACACGGACCAAGUCGCUGCGCUUUCACUACCAGACGUGACUGCAGACUUCGCGCUGGAGCUGCAUGCGCUGGCUGAUCAAUACUUGGUCACAAGGCUUCGAAGCACGUGCGAGAGCGCAUUGCUACAAAUUUUAUCUGUGGAAAACGUCGUCAUCAUCAUGGAGUCGGCCCAUUUCCGCAGCGCGUACACGCUGAAGAAACGUUGUUUGAGCUUUGUAUUGGACCACUUUGCCCGAGUGAUCGCAACCCAGGCUUUCGUCGGGCUUCCUCAGGAAUUACUUCAAGAGGUGUUGCUCAUGGCAUCUCAACAGGGGGUAUCCAUCCCUAAUCAAGCCAACACUGGUGGUGGAGCUUGCAGUGAGUACCUCCGUGAACGUUAG